AUCGCAUCAUAUUGUGUCAGUAGUAUUAAAACGGCCGGUGGGCAUCCAGCAAUUUUCCGCUUAAAUAAAAUUUAAAAAAACCAAGAAAUUCCGUAACAUUUCUAUUGCGCUGCUUUAGAGUGUGAAAGUGAAAGUGUAGUUGUAGUUAAAAAUAUAUAUUUUUGAAAAAAUAGAAAAUUCAAAAAUGGCUGAACAAAAGAAGGCUCCACUGUUAAGGAAAGAAGAAGAUUACGUGAAAGCGUUGGAGGGUUUCUUUACAAAAGAAGAUCAGGUUGCCUUACUACUCGACUACGAUGGCACAUUGGCUCCGCUCAGCGAAGAACUCUCUGCCAUGCCAAAAGAUACUGAGAUCAAUAUCAAAAAAUUGGCUGCCAACGACAAAGUCUUUAUGGUUGUCUUCUCCGGUCGCGAUUUGGCUGAGAUCAAGAAUCAUUUGAAAUUCCCCAAUGUUACCUAUGCUGGCAACCAUGGUUUGGAAGUUGAAUAUCCAUCGGGCAAGAAAUUCAAGAUCGAAAUGCCAGAGGAACUUUUGAAGAAACAUCAAGAACUUGUUACGGAACUGAAGGAAAAGGUCGUCUUACACGGUGCUUGGGUUGAAGACAAAAAAAUCUCCGUCACCUACCACUACAAGGGUGUCAAUGACAAAUUGAAGGCUAAACUUAUUGAAACCGCUAAAGGUCUGAUUCAAGGCCAUGGCUUCCAGCUGAUCGAAACACCAUACGCUUUGGAGGGCAAGCCACGUGUUAACUGGGACAAGGGUGAGGGCGCCAAAAUGAUUUUGGAGAAACACUUCGAUGCCGAUUGGGCAACGAAACUGAAGAUCAUCUACUGCGGUGAUGACACCACCGAUGAGGAUGCCAUCAAAGUGCUCCACGGUACGGGUAAAACUUUCCGCGUCUCUGAGCUGCCAACAUUGAAGACUUAUGCCAACUACCAAAUCAAGACCGUCGAAGAAGUCGGCUGGCUACUGAAAGCCAUUCAAUCGGUCUAUGAAGUCAAGAAGAAGUAAGAAAGUUUGUUUGUAUGUGUGGUAAAUUGUAAAAAUUCCAUAUUAAAAAUGAGUUAACAACAGACGAUAAAUACUUA